AUGAAAACAUAUAUUCUAAAGAGAAAUAUAUUUGGAAAAGUUGUUGCUUUUAUGUACACUAUUGAAUUUCAAAAGCGUGGUCUUCCACAUGCUCAUUUUCUUAUCAUACUCAAAGACGAAUAUAAAUUGUUAACUCCGGAAGCUUAUGAUAGAGUUGUUUGUGCUGAAAUACCCGAUUCUGAUAAGAAUGAUUACUUGUAUUCAGUUGUUACUAAAUAUAUGAUGCACGGACCUUGUGGUAGUUUAAAUCCUAAAUGUCCUUGUAUGAAGAACCAAGAAUACUGUAAGUUCAAAUAUCCAAAAGAUUUUGCUGAUCAUACAUCAAAGGGAAAAAAUGGAUACCCAAUUUACAAAAGGCGAAAUAACGGUAAACGUGUAAAUAUUAGGGGACAAUUUCUUGACAAUUCGUGGGUAGUUCCUUACAAUCCAUAUCUAUUGAGCAAAUUUAACUGUCAUAUUAAUGUUGAAGUUUUUUCUGAUAUUAGAGUUGUCAAAUACCUUUAUAAAUAUAUCUGCAAGGGAAAUGAUAAAAUUGUCUUUUUCGUACAUGCUGAUGAUCCAAAGAUUGAAAUAGAUGAGAUCAGAGAAUAUCAAUCUGCUAGAUGGGUAUCUCCACCAGAGGCAACUUGGCGUUUAUUUGGUUUUCCCAUUAGCGAAAUGACUCCAUCCGUUUAUCAUCUUCAGCUACAUCUUGAAGGACAACAAUUUGUCUCUUUUAAAACAACAUAG